AUGACAUUCAAUUUUAGAAACGGUCGGAAGCGCGUCAAGAUGCGCAGCACCUGUUUUCACCCUCCAUCCGUCUUUCUGCAGCCGCGCUGUGAUGCCGGCGGUUCAUCUGCAAAAGAGUCUUCCGAACCGGCUCGCCGUCCCCGCCCCCCAGCACACAGCCACGGACAGACUUCCGUCAUUCUUAUGCGGCAUGGAAUGACCAAUUGGAACUACAUCGGUCGUGUACAAGGUGGCCUGGACAAGUCUCGAUUGAACACCACCGGCAUUCUACAAGCUAGGGAUGCAGGAAGGCUCCUGCGAAAUGUCGCUGUCGACGCCAUUUUCUGCUCGCCGCUGACCCGCGCGAAAGAUACACUCCGACAUGCAGUGCAAUCUUCGGAAAACCACUUGCUCUGUAUGAGAAAACCAGAGCUCCUUGAAUCUCUCAAGGAGAUUCAAGUACCUUGGCAGGGUUUAUCCAGAGUGGAAAUUGGCAAGUCAAUCUUCUCCAAGAGCUACGAGCAGUACGCCAAGAAUCCACCCCGUUUUUCAUACAAUGGCUUCAGUCCACUUCGGGAUGUCGUGCGAAGAGCGGAGGACGUGUGGGAAACUGUGGGGAGGUCAAACGGCAAGUGCCAUUUACUCGUAGGGCAUAAUCAGGUGAACAAAGCCCUUAUCUGUACCGCCUUGGGGUUGCCGACGGUCUUGUCGGCAUGGCGGCAAGGAAAUUGUUGCUUCAACGUGAUCAUGUUUGAAGAUGGAAGGCCUCAAAAGUUGCGCCUCUGCAAUGGAGGAAAUCCGAAAUUGACUGAACGAGGACAUCGUCUAACGAAGGCGAGACAGGGAUGUGUACGCGUUGUUUUGCAUCACAAACUAGGACGUUCCGAGAGUUUGACGGCUGAAGUGGGAGAAUGGGAGGUGGCCCAUUUCUAUGUAGUUGGUAGUUCUCAUGCUGAUUACCUCAGGGAUGUACACAGGGAUUUUUCGGAAGGAAAAUACUCCGAACUAGCAGUUCCAAAAACGAAAGAGAGCAUUUUCGAAUUCGCACUGAGCUGUCUGGACGAAUGGCGCCUACAGCAUGAGGGGGAAGUUAUUAUUGUGUGUGUGGAUGACGCGAUUACAACACGAGCAUUCUUCGCGGCGAGCAUUGGGAUGGGAGCUUCAGGCAUGGAUAGGCUAGUUUCCGAUGCUGGUGGGGUCUCGAUUUUCGACAUUCGAGCUUCUGGUCCUGUUGGUACGUACACCACCUACGUCGAAAGUUACAACAUUGGCGCAAUGGGGCGUCGUGACUACCUGCUGGGCUAUACGCGUUCCCUUCGGGAAGUGUGUUAA